AUGGGUAAACAAGGAAUUCGGUGUUUUGAGGGAAGAUCUGAGGAAAGAUUUGCAUUUGUGAUAUUACUGGUCCUGUUGCAUAUUAUGAUGCCUCACAUGGCACACAAACGUAAUCAUUGCAUUAUUAGUGAUCCCAUCACUGUUCGUCACAGGUAUCUACAGUCUGGUGAUCUCAUAAUUGGUGGAAUUAUUUCUCAGUUCUUGCUGCCUGAUCAACUGCAUAGCUUUGAUAAAGACCCUCAUGAUGAAUUGAUUGAAGAAACACUUAUACUGACUAAGAACUAUCUGCACACCCUAGCAUUGGUGUAUGCUGUGAAGGAGAUAAAUGAAAACCACUAUAUCUUACCAAAUGUUACCUUGGGCUUCCAUAUCUAUGAAUGUUAUUCCGCUGCACAUUGGACCUACAUUGGCAUAUUGCAACUUCUCUCAGCAGAGAACAGAUUUUUCCCAAACUAUAAGUGUGGUGUUCAGAACCAACUGAUGGCUGUCAUUGGGGAUCUUUAUUCUGAAACCUCCCUCCACAUGGCAACACUAUUGGGCAUGUACAAAGUUCCACAGUUCACAUAUGGCUCUGUUCCACUGAUACUUGAUAAAGCUGAAACUUAUUCAUUCUACCAGAUGGUCCCAAAUGAAACCUAUGAGCAUAAAGGGAUUCUCCUGUUGCUUUUGCACUUCCAAUGGACAUGGGUUGGGGUCAUUGCCACAAAUGAUGAGAAUGGAGAUAGAUUUGUGUGGACAAUAACAGCAAUGUUUCCCCAACAGGGAAUCUGUUUUUCCUUCAUAGAAAGAAUUGAAGUAAUUUAUAUCAAUGAUCUGAUUGGAGCUAUAGGUUCAAUGGUGAGAAUAUAUAAUGUUUCCAUGGAGAGUAAUGCCAAUGCAGUUGUUGUGUAUGCAGAAAACAUAAUAAAUUUCAGGUGGCUGUUAUACAUUCCAGAAAUUGAAUAUGCUAUAAUGCCGCCCAAAUGUAAAGUGUGGAUUCUAACAGUCCAGCAGGAACUCAGUUCAUACCCUUAUCAAAAGGGCUGGGAUUUACAAGUCAUCCAAGGUGCUUUGGGCUUCACCAUUCAGUCCAAUGAAGUAUUAGGAUUCCAGGAUUUCUUACGGACCAGAAACCAUCUGGGGACCAAAGAAGAUGGUUUUAUCAGUGAUUUCUGGGCACAGGCAUUCAAGUGUCUUUUACCACAUAUUUUUGUUAGCACAGAGGGUGAGAAAUCCUGCACUGGAAAUGAGAAGCUGGACAGCCUCUCUGGGGAUUUUUUUGAAAUGAAGAUGGUUGGCCACAGCUACAAUAUCUACAAUGCUGUCUAUGCUGUGGCCUAUGGCUUGCAUGCCAUGCAAUUAUUCAAGCACGAAAGAACGAUUAAUUUUCAGGAUCCGCAGCCGUGGCAGGUUAGCCGUUAUUUGUAUCACUGGUAUGUAAUGACAAGGUUUUCAUCAUUUUCUCUCAUUUAUGCAAAGGCCCAGCCUAUUUCUGUAUGUUCAGACAAGUGCCAUCCAGGUUAUAGCAAGAAAAUGAAGGAAGGGGCACCAUUUUGCUGCUAUGAUUGCAUCCCCUGUCCAAAUGGGAAGAUUUCAAGCCUUGACGACGUGGAUGAGUGUUCAAAAUGCCCAGAAGGUCAGUAUCCAAACAGGAACAAAGAUCAGUGCCUUUCAAAGAAAGUCAACUUCCUCUCAUUCACAGAAACUUUGGGGAUCCUUUUAACUUUCUUAGCUCUGUCUUUUUCUCUGAUCACAGCUUUGGUGUUUGGAGUCUUCGCUAAGCAUCAGAACACUCCCAUUGUCAAAGCCAACAAUCGAAACCUCACCUACUCUCUGCUUAUCGCACUAUUACUCUGCUUCCUCUGCUCGUUGUUAUUCAUUGGCCUGCCCCAAACAGUGAACUGCUGUUUAAGACAAACUGCUUUUGGUGUCAUCUUCUCUGUAGCUAUUUCCUGCAUAUUGGCAAAAACGAUAACUGUGAUUCUGGCUUUUGUUGCCACCAAGCCAGGGAGCAGCAUGAGAAAAUGGGUGGGGAAAGGAUUCACAAACACUAUCAUUCUUGGCUGCUCCUUUAUUCAAGCUACUAUUUGUGCUGUGUGGCUAUGCACUACUCCCCCAUUUGCACAUUUUGACAUGCACUCCCUUACUCAAGAAAUUGUAGUGGAAUGCAAUGAAGGUUCUGUCACUAUGUUUUAUUCUGUUCUGGGCUACCUGGGAUUCUUAGCCAUUGUUAGCUUCACUGUGGCUUUUCAGGCCAGGAAGUUGCCAGACAGCUUCAAUGAAGCCAAGUUCAUCACUUUCAGUAUGUUGGUUUUCUGCAGUGUUUGGAUGUCUUUUGUUCCUUCCUAUUUAAGCACAAAAGGAAAAUACAUGGUGGCUGUGGAGAUCUUCUCCAUCUUGUCCUCCAGUGCUGGGUUACUAGGUUGUAUCUUUGCUCCCAAAUGCUACAUAAUAAUCCUGAGGCCAGAACUGAACAAGAAGGAGCAGAUAAUAAAGAGAUAUUAG